AUGGAUUCAAGUUCGAACAUGGUGGUUGUAACUGGUUUUGGUCCCUUCAGACAAUACCUGGUUAAUUCUAGCUGGGAAGCAGUGAAGGAGCUGUCCAAGAGAGGCCUUGGUCAAAACAUAGAUCUGCGUAUCAUGCAGCUGCCAGUGGUUUACCAAAAAGCAAAGGAGCAAGUCUUCACGAUAUGGAAAACUCUUCGGCCACUGCUUACUGUUCACGUUGGGCUGGCUUCAUCCGCCAAAGCAGUCAUCAUCCUUGAGCAGUGUGGGAAGAACAAAGGCUACCAAGAGAUGGAUGCUUGUGGUUUUCACCCAGAAGGUGGCUGUUGCAUGCUAGAUGGCCCGGAAAAGAUUGAAUCUACAAUUAACAUGAAGACUCUCUGGAAAAACAUUUCAGUGGAAGGGAUUGAUAUAAUCUUUUCCAGAGAUGCGGGAAGGUAUAUCUGUGAUUACACCUACUACGCUUCUCUGUAUUAUGGCAAUGGAAGAGCAGCUUUCAUCCAUGUGCCUCCGUUAUCCAAAUCGGCAACAGCAGACUUUCUAGGGAAAGCAUUACAGACAAUUAUCUUAGAAAUGUUAAAGCAGUGGGGGACGAAAGAGAGCAAGAUGGAUCAUAUAAGAAAAAAAUGA